UCUCUUCGCCUCGUUCACAUCUUUGCGCUGUUUUGUCACGCAGAUCUAGUUCUGACUGGUUUGAUCUAGUCCCGUGAGCAUGCGCACUCGGUGUAAACAGGAAGAACCGACGCAAAGCGGGGCAGAUCUGCUAUAAAGAAGAACAUGAUCGACCAAAAAACAGCGAGCGGCUUCAUUUCCCUCACUUAUUAACGCACACACAUGUCGUCGGCCACCACCUGAUGGUAUUUUCGUCACAUCUCGUAGAAAACAGUCGCUGGAUAUUCGACAACUUUGACAGACUGACUAAUACCGUGAAGCUAGCCAGCGUUAGACAGUGACGAUUUAUUUCCUGUGCUCGGCGGACUGCGUUUAAAAAUAACCCGAUACUCUCUGAAUCUGUGGCCACGCGUUGAGAAAAUGGUUCAAAAGGAUAAAACACUGGAGACUCCUCCGGUGGAUGGUGAGCAGCAGCAGCAGCAGAGCCCCAGCCCAGUCUCCGGAGAGGCUUGUGCAGAGGCCCCCGGCCCGGUGGAGGAGUCCAGCAUUGCAGUCGAAGCGACGGGCCACAGAAAAUUCAUAAGCGGGGUCGUGGAAGGCUUUUAUGGACGACCGUGGACAAUGGAGCAGAGGAAAGAGUUAUUCAGAAGGCAGCAGAAAUGGGGACUGAAUACAUACCUUUAUGCACCCAAAGAUGAUUACAAGCACAGGAUGUUCUGGCGAGAGCUGUACUCGGUGGAAGAAGCAGAACAACUCAUGACUUUAAUUGGUGCUGCUACGGAGCAUGGGAUAGAGUUCAUCUAUGCCAUUUCCCCUGGACUGGACAUCACGUUCUCCAAUCAGAAAGAGGUUACUGCACUAAAGAGGAAACUUGAUCAGGUCACUCACUUUGGCUGCAAGUCAUUUGCCUUACUUUUUGACGAUAUUGACCACAACAUGUGCCCUGCUGACAAAGAAGUGUUCAGCUCAUUUGCACACGCUCAGGUUUCCAUCACCAACGAAAUCUACCAGUACCUGGGAGAGCCCGAAACCUUCCUCUUCUGUCCCACAGAGUACUGUGGAACAUUCUGCUACCCAAACGUCCCUCAGUCCCCCUACCUCCACACAGUAGGCGAGAAGCUGCUGCCCGGCAUUGAUGUGCUGUGGACAGGCCCCAAGGUGGUGUCCAAAGAUAUCACAGUGGAGUCUAUUGAGGAGGUGUCAAAAAUCCUAAGAAGAGCCCCGGUGAUCUGGGACAACAUUCACGCCAACGAUUAUGACCAGAAGAGGCUUUUCUUGGGUCCGUACAAAGGCCGCUCCACAGAGCUCAUCCCCAGGCUGAAGGGAGUCCUCACCAACCCUAACUGCGAGUUUGAGUCCAACUUUGUAGCGAUUCACACUCUGGCCACUUGGUACAAGUCUAAUAUGAAUGGGGUACGCAAGGAUGUGGUCAUGACGGAUGGCGAGGACAGCACAGUGUCCAUCCAGAUCAAGUUAGAGAAUGAGGGCAGUGAUGAAGAGCUGGAGACGGACAUGCUCUACAGUCCACAGCUCGCUUUAAAGCUGGCUCUCACCGAAUGGCUGGGAGAAUUUUGCGUUCCUCAUCAAUACAACAGCCGACAGGUGCCUCAGAGUGGUGCCAAAAGCACAGCCAUCGAUGUGUCAGCCAUGGCUGCUCCCUCUCUCUGCUCUUCCACAACAGUUACGACGGUGUUCCAGCAGCCCAUCAUGUCUCCAGCCAUGCCACCUCUCUGUCUGGAUCCACUCUCACAUCCAAUGGCAAAAAGACCUCAGGAAGAAGAGGAGGUGGAGGUUGAGAAGAAGGAUUCAGAUGAGGAGCCCAUGGAGAUGGUGGUGGAGAAGAUGGUGGAUGAGCCAGAGCCAGAAGCAGAAGCCGAUCCAGAGGAGAAGCUUGAAGGUCCUAUCUUAGCUGAAAAAAUGGCUGAGGACUUGAAACCCAUGGAUACAGACAAGGAGAGCCUGGCAGAGUCAAAGUCCCCCGAAGAGUCGAUCCAGGAGGACUCCGGGAGCGAUAUUGCUCCCAUGCAGACAGACGAUCAGCUCAAACAGGUGCCGCAAACAUUUGAUGUGUUCGUGCCUGGGCCCAACGAAAAGCCCCUGUUCACAGCAGAGCCCCUCACGCUCGAGGACCUGAGCUUGCUGGCAGAGCUCUUCUACUUGCCUUAUGAACAUGGAAACAAGGCCGUGCAGAUGUUGAAGGAGUUCAACUGGCUACGGGCGAACAGCAGCGUCGUCAGUGUCAACUGCAAGAGAAAGGAGUCCGAAAAGGUAGCAGAAUGGCAAUCGAGGGCAGAGAAGUUUGAGGAGAUGUGCUGCUCAGUCAUCCAGAUGUUCACGCGGCUGUCCAAUUCGGCCAACCGCACCAUCCUGUACGACCUCUACCCUUACAUCUGGGACAUCAAGAGCAUCAUUUCUAUGGUCAAGUCUUUUGUCCAGUGGCUAGAUGGAAGAAUCCACAGUACAAGUUUCUACUGCUAUUGGAUCGACAGUGGCCGAUGGUGUCGUAGUCAGUCCUCAGCACAAUUCCUUAGAGGAGACCAAGAGCCCUGGGCCUUUAGGGGAGGUCUAGCAGGAGAGUUCCAGAGAUUGUUGCCAAUAGAAGGGGCAAACGAUCUUUUCUACCAACCUCCACCUUCAAUGCCAACCUCCAAACUCUAUUCCAUAAGGCCGUACUUUCCCAAAGAUGAGGCUGCAGUUUAUAAAAUCUGUAAAGAAAUGUACUGUGAAGGAAUGGAGGACGUAUCUUUCUCUGAUGAGGAUCCUGACCUCAUAGGAGACAGGUUAGUGGGAGGUCUCCUGACACUGAGUUCAGAGUACGGGUUUGUGCUAGAGGACGAUGAAGGCAUCUGUGGUUAUGCUCUUGGUACCGUGGACGUCAAGCCAUUCCUCAAGAAAUGCGAGUUGAGCUGGAUUCCGUUCAUGCAAGAGAAGUACAACAAGCCAGACUGCCAGAAGGACCUCACAGAGGCCGAGAAGAUCAUGCUGAGUUUCCAUGAAGAGGAGGAGGUUCUUCCAGACUCUUUCCUCUCCAACUUUCCCUCUCUCAUCAAGGUCGACAUUCACGCCAAGGUCACUGACCCCAGUGUGGCCAAAAGCAUGAUGGGAUGUCUUCUAUCUUCUCUUAAGGCCAACGGGUCCCUCGGUGCUUUCUGUAAGGUUCGUCAGACUGAUAAGAGAAUGUUGGACUUCUAUAGUAAGCUGGGAUGCUUUGAAGUGGCCAAAAUGGAAGGCUUUCCCAAAGACGUCAUCAUUAUGGGACGCAGCCUAUGAAGAAACGUCCUGCUACAAUAAAAGACGGAGAAAGAGAGAGAGAAAGAGAGAAAAAAAAAAGAGAGAGAGAGAGAGCGCAAGUCAACGUGGCUUAAACAUGUUUGCUACCUUCAUGAGAAAACCUUCCAUGAUGAUUUUAUACUAUAUCACCAUCUGGGCUAGCCCCGGGAAACCUCUUUUUAGGAUUUGUGUACAGAAGCACAGCAGUCGCACACACACACAGUUUCCCCGUGCUGCCCUUAGAUAUUCUGGCUCUGUUGGAUUCAGCAGCUCUGAAGCUAAAAGGCCGAGGAGCGAUCUGUAGUCAGAUGAUUUGAGCCAACAUGGAAGAGUGUCACUCCAGCGUUAAUUUCUGGGGUCCCACUUCUCAUAUACCUCCAGGAGGCAGGAAAUAAUAACUCCAUAAGCCUUUUCCUGAUUUAAUCCAGUAGCCAUUACGUGGAUUAUGCCCGCAUGCCCUUACGCAAAGUGUCUCUAUCUGAAAUGGAAGCAUAGCUGCGAAAUGAGGGCGGCCUGUAUCUCGGGUAGUGUCUCACUACCAGUACGUUCUGCUUUCCCAGCUCCCAACACAGAGAAACAACACAGCUGUCGACAUAAGUAGGACACCUUUGUACAGGAUGCGAGGUGCUAUGGGAGAGUUUGCCUUUCAUCAUCACAUCAUGGUAUUUCCAAUUGCACCACAAUAGACUCCAAGAAAGGGAAGAAAGUGGCGCGUUUCUAAGAAGAAGUGAUGUGAAAUGUCUUCACAGGUGAAAAUGUGGGUGGAGAUCUGUAGCUUUCGAGGCUUCUGAAACCUGUUCUAACAGAGCAGCAGAGGAAAAGUAUUUGUUGAGACCGCUAAAGACUCAACAAGGAGGUCUUUUGAAUUUCUGUUCAUGUGGUAGUAACGUUUGGAAAGCAAUAGAAAAGCUUCCACAAGUUUACACACACAGGGUUAUCAGCCUAUUUCUGUUCAGCGCUUCGCUCGUGGCCAUUUUUCUUUUUCUUUUUUUUAAAUCAGAAUUUCAUUUUUUUGUUCAUUCCCCCUUUUAAGCUAUUGCCUUUUGGUUUCAUUGCCUUUGGAUUUUAGGUUUAUAUUACAGACCCAAGUGUCUUCUGUGUAAAGACUUUCCUAACGCGUGUCAAUCGGGUACAGCUUAGAGAACACUCAUUUUGGGCAUUGGCCUUGUUUGUUGCUCGAAUUCCAGAGAUGUUGCCUGACAUUGACAGUCACAUGUCUUAGUUUUGCCCUAGCAGCUCCCAGACUCCAGCACAGAAAUCCCCUCAGUACACCUAAACUGACUGACUGCAGUGCGUCCGCCAGCGAAAGCUCAGACUGUCUCAUUAUGUUUACGUAAAAUGGCACUUUUACUAACAUUAGUCUGGCACCAUUUUACAUUUGACUACUUCAGUUAAAAUCGAUAAUCGUAAAGAUGUAGAAGCAUAAACACUCCCUCUGUCAUAAAGCUGCUGUUUUUUUUUUUAUUAACCACUAAUUCCAAACCCGACCGCGACGUCCGAGAGAUGUGCCAUGCUGAAAAAGUUAUUCCAUGCUACUCAUUGUUAUUAGAAGAUGAAUCAGGUUACGUGUGUCUUCUUGCAUCCCUCCCUGCAUUGUUUCAACACUGCAUUCUCUCAAACUAAUGUCUUCUCGGUUGAGCCUCGGUUAUCGCACAGGUUGUUUAAAUCCUGUCACCAAAGUGACUCCCACGCUGUAGAAGUGUGGGGGCGUUCGGAACAGAAAUUCCCAGGCCUUUUUCCUAUCUGUCCAUCGAAUGUUUUAUAUUCUGACACAUUUCCCAUUUUUGUUUUGUAAAUGUAUAUAGUUACUUAAAAAGAAAAAAAAAAAGCACUUGGAGAUAGGAGUGUUCUGUUGGUUGCACAAGGAUCUUCAGUUGCUCUAAAGUAGCUGCCUGGCAAUGUGAUGUUUUGAUACUGUGUACUUUCAUAAUGUGCAUGAGGUGUAUUGGAUUUGCUGUGGCGGUCAUUAGAGUAACCUCAUCCCGUGCUGCAUAGAGGAAGAAGCAUGCCACUCACCUCUGUGAGCAUAAUACUGUAGUUGGUAGACAGUCUGUAAACACUGUCAAUCAUAAAGUGUUAUUAUUUUGUAUGUCUUUAUUGAAACUGUGGCUGGCUUUUUGAUGUCUUUUUUUUGUAAGGAAAAGAAAAAACUCUGGCCUUGUCCUUGUUUCACAGCCGUCUCACCUUGGCUGCGUUUCAACAAGGUGUGACACUCCCCAAACAGAUCCUCUGAAAUGACAGCAGAACAACAACAGACGCUCGUUUUUCAAUGGUUCACUCUGCAUUUUUUUUCAGUUCGUCUACGCUCGACAACCGUGUUGGAUUUAGAAAUGGGCUGUGACUGAGAGAAAGGGCUCCGACUGUGCAUUCUGAGUUUAGGCUGUGGGGGGAGAGGCAGGGAGGAGGGGGGGUGUUCAUUACAGUGACAGUUUACCGUGUAAAAUUUGUAUGUAAGAUACAUAAGAUUAAAAACUAAUAAACCAUAAUACGUUA